CUGAAGGGAUUCGGGAGGUUUCAAGCAGCGCUGUCUCACUUCGUUUCAGAGGAGAAACGGGAUUGAAACGGGGAAGGGAGAGAGCAGAGGUCAGGAGUAACGUUACAGAGUAACAGCUGGUCGAGAGACUCAGUCAAAACUAUUCUACUAACUAGUGUUUCAUCGUAUCACACAGUAACGGCAGUAUUAAAGGACAAACACACUCCUGGAGGUGUCAGCCGAGGGGAUCCAGGGACGUCAGGAAUGAUUUGCUGAUCCAGUUAUUCUUGCUAGAGGCCUGCAGUCUCUUCCACUCCAAGACUGUCCUGCAUAGACUUAAAACUAUUAAGUUUCUGAAUCAGAGUCCCUCACACACAUAGUCAAGCCUAUAUACACACCUGUCAUACACGCGUACCAUACGCCAACAUGGCCAAUAUAUAUCCAUACGGCUGCUUCACACAUGCUGUGGUCAGAGGUAUCCCAGAAUCCUUUGGGAAGUUGGCGGAGGGCAGAGAAGUGUUUCAGACGGACCUGGCCAAGGCCCAGCGUCAGAUGGGGGUGCUGAUGGGAGCUCUGAGACAGAAGGUGGGGCUGCAGCUGAUAGAGAUCCCAGCAGUGUCCGAGCUGCCUGAGAGCUGGAGGAUCGAAGACGUGGCUGUGAUCCAGGGCGACACGGCGCUCAUCACACGACCCCUCAAACAGCAGAGGCGCGCUGAGGCGGAGGCCGUGCGGCACGUCCUGAACGAGCUCAAGCUGACGGUGCUGGAGAUGGGCGACGAGGAGGGCGGGUCUGCUGGAGCCACUCUGGAAGGAAGUGAUGUCCUCUUCACUGGAAAAGAGUUCUUCGUGGGCAUUUCGAAACACACUAAUCAACGUGGGGCAGAGGUUUUGGCUAACACUUUCAAGGACUUUGCGGUGUCCACUGUGCCGGUGUUUGGAGGCUCUCGACUGAAGAACAUCUGCUCCAUGGGUGGCCCUGACACCAUCAUCAUCAGCAGCAGCGACGGGGCCAAGAAAACACUCAGAGUGAUGGAGCAGCUGACUGACCAUCACUAUGAGAUCUUGUCUGUAACUGAGGAUGCUGCUGCUAACUGCAUUUACAUCAGAGGUCCUGCUAAAGCAGACUUCCUCCUGCACCCCACAGCGGAGGAGUGUCCCAACAGUGUUCCUGCCUUCCAGCGUUUGACAGACUACACCCUGCUGCCCACCGCCUGCAGUGAAGCCUCCAAAUUCGGGUCGGCGCUGUCCUCCCUUUGCCUUCUUAUCAACAAGAAACCCAACUAUUAAGACACUCAUGUACAAUCAUUGCAUUACCGUAUUUACUUUAUUUUCUUAUGCAUUCAUUCUCUAGCUCAGCUGCAGGUUUGUUAGGAUUUUUAGAAUGGACACACAUUAUGAGAGUAUUACAAUAAAUGGCUUUGAAAUAAACAGCCUUUACUCACAGUGAAACUGAGGGGUUAAAGUGACAGUUCACCCCAAAAAUAAAUUCUUUUUCUCUUUACUCAUGGGGUGUUUCUGGUUCAAAUUCUCCAUUCUGGGGCUCGAGCUCCUUGACCAAACUCGCCAGCCUCUAACAUUUUUAGCAGUCCCGGAGACCUCGAUCAGCUUGUCCUGAGUGUCUUUGUGAGUCUCGUGAAAACCAACGUUUGUUACCAGGUAUAAAGGAAGCAACGUUUCCUUGCUUUAGCAAAGGAAAACCUCCUCCUGGUUUGUAUCGAAAUCCUCCGACAUUUACAAAUCCUCGUUUUUUACUUCAAGUUAGUGACCGGUGUUGAGGUAAACAUCUUUAAAAGAAAUUAGAUGAACUAAAUUUCUAUUAAAGCAAUACAGUGAAUUAGAAUUGUUUGCUGUUCCAGUGGUUUAUAUUAUAGAAAUAGGCUUAUUAUCUCCAAAUUUAGUUCAUUUCCUCACCUGUGGCCCGAGACAGUACAAGCAUGGAUAAAAGUGUGAAUUCAUUUCAGUUUUUGACCAAUGAAUGGAUAUUACGUAAACAAUGAAGCCAUCUUUUUUGAACAGAUGUUAGAGGAGAGGCUUCAGUAUGCUAAAAAAAAAAAGUUUUCACAGCCUGUUCACAAAUCAUUGACAUUAAAUAUUUAUUUGGUUGUGAGCUUUAUUCAGUUUAUUCAGAAGAAAACUCCUUCAGGUUUGGAAUGAAGUGACCUGUUUUUGGGUCGACUAUUCCUUGUGUGGGAUUACAAAUUUGUACUAUGUUAAAUCUAGUUUACAAUGUAAUAGUAUGUAUUUUGUGUUUUUACAUUUUGAGGUAAAGAUUAUGACAUUCUGAGAUGAUCAAAUCAAGCAGACCAGGCUUCUGAGACAUUAACCUUUUGCCUUUAUGCACAUGCUGAAUAUAGGGCCAGGUCCCAACAUAAAGGUGCCUGCUAAACUCAAGGCACAGCUGUGCCUUUGUUUCUAUGAUAAUGUGAAGGUAUGAGUGAUACUUCUGUAUUUAAUGACUCUGUUAUGCUGAUGAGAUCAAGGCUGGGAAAAUGCCAGUUUCAGGCACGUUCCUGAUUUCCAUUUGCAUGCUUUGUUUAAAUGGUCUCCACCUCCAUGUAUCCCUCCUCCUAGAAAUGCAUAUAUACUACAGUGCAUUAAUGACUAGUCAGACUUUUGAUGACUUCAGUGCCACGCAGAGAGUUCUCAAUAAAGAAUUGUGCUGAAGAUUA